AUGGCCGCGGUUGCGAAGGACAUCGUGACACGGAGAGCAGUUGCGGGGACGAUUAAGCUGACUGUCCUGGCUGGAAAAGCAAGUCCAGGACCUCCUGUAAGUCCGGCGCUAGGUCCGUACAGGCUUAACAUGAUGGCAUUCUGCAAGGACUUCAACGCCAGGACUCAAAAGUACAAACCGGACACUCCUAUGGCCGUGAAGAUAACGGCGUACAUGGACCACUCGUUCGAGUUCACCUUUAAAUCUCCUUCUGUGUCGUGGUACAUUAAGAAAGCAGCUGGGGUUGACAAAGGGAGCACACGUCCGGGGCACUUGACGGUAACGACGCUUUCGGUGAGACACGUGUACGAGAUAGCUAAGGUGAAGCAGACGGAUCCAUUCUGUCAGUAUAUGCCUCUGGAGUCGAUCUGCAAAUCUAUCAUUGGUACUGCUAACUCCAUGGGAAUCAAGAUUGUUCAGGAUUUGGAGUGAUUAAAGAGGUUAUUGCUUUAUCAUACUAUUUAUUCCUCAUUACCUUAUUUAUUAAUUAAUUUUGUGACGAAAGUACUAAUUCUCAACUUCAGGUUAAAAUAUUUUACUAGUUCCAAAAACA